AUGGAUAACCACGAAGAGGCAAAAAAGUUACGCGAUGAAGACUUUGAAGAGCUGAUGGCUGCUUGUGAUACGGCCAAAAAAGCCGUGAAGAAGGACAAUGUAGGGAAGCCCACUUCCAAGGAACCUGUGACCACGCUGGAUGAUGACCCGAUUUCUCUGACGGAGGAUAUGCCUGUAAGGGUACCCACAGUCAUGACUCCUAUGAGAUCACAUUCCUUUGGAACUACUGACGAACCACAUUCACCCACUCUCAAGCAUAAAUCUCAAUCAACUUCGUUUCCUGAGAAAAGCGAGAGAAAUCCUCGAACUUUGGACAAACUUGAUUCCGAUUCGGACCCACUUACCGUAGUAGAAAGAGAUGACAACGGAUUCGUAUUCUAUAAAUGCCGAUUCUGUGGAUUAACGUUCAACUAUAUGAAUACACUGAGAGCUCACGAACGCGUACAUAACAUCUCGCAGCCUUUCGUCUGUGGCAAAUGCGGUGACUCAUUUGAAUUCGCCUGUCAACUCGAGUACCAUACACAACAACAUGGCGAUGCAAAAGGAUACAAAUGUGAAUGCGGUCGAACAUUCUUUUCUUACACUGAGAUGCUCUAUCACAAACAUCCGGAAGAUAUUGAAAAAGAGAAAGCCGAUAAGGAACUCUAUGGGUGCCCAGUGCUUGUCCAUCCCUCUACGAGUCGAGUCGCUCUAUUACAAGACAUGCCGACACCAGCAUAUAUGGAGGAAGGAUUCGAGCCGAAGCAUCCUCUGAAGGUCUAUUCGGAUGUCCGAUCCAAGCCCUACAUUUGCGAGUAUUGCUCAAAGAGUUAUCCAGACAGUCGUCAACUGGCAUAUCACAUGUAUAGUCACAGAGGUGAAAGGCAAUUCAAUCCGAGGUCUUCACGAUAUUUGAUGGGACGUACCGGGGUGGGAUACACCGAUCGAAGUUCAUAUUUCCUGUUCCCUAGAACCAGUGGAUACGUACCACCAUUGUACUGA